AUGCCCUUACUCCAGUCUGGUUUGUUGCUGAAGCUGAAAGGGCACUAAAUCAAUGUUACAGAUAAUAUCUCUGGGGCCCUGCUGCUCACUCCCUGAGCUCUAGGAGUGAAGCUUCAAAGCAGUUUUAGAUCACUCCUGAAGUGCAUUGGUCAGUGGAGGAACAGAGACUCGUCCUCCCUUCUCACAGUCUUAUCAACCCUGCCAUAAACUAGAACAAAGGGAGUAUUGGAGGCGAAGAACAAGCAUGGGGGGGAUACAAUCUAUUUCAGAGAAACAGACCAGACAAGAAAGGAGGAGGAGUGGCGUUAUAUGUCAGGGAUGUGUAUACCUGUGAAGAGAUCCAAGAUUUAGAACCUCAAAGCCAAAGUGAGAGCAUUUGGGUCAAAAUUAAGGGAGAAAAGAAUAACAGUGACCUCAUUGUGGGAGUUUACUAUAGAUCCCCAAGCCAAACGGAGGACAUAGAUGAUGCCUUCCUGGAACAGAUGGCCAAGCAUGCAAAAGGAAGGGAGAUAGUAGUAAUGGGGGACUUCAAUUACCCGGAUAUUUGUUGGAUGUCAAACUCAGCCAAGAGCAUAAGGUCAAACAGAUUUCUCACUGGCCUUGCAGACAACUUCAUUGUCCAGAAAGUGGGAGAAGCAACAAGAGGAACAGCCAUUUUAGAUCUGGUCCUAACCAAUGUUGAUGACCUGGUUAGUGGGGUAGAAGUGGAAGGAUCAUUAGGCGCGAGUGAUCAUGCUCUUCUGAAGUUUACUAUACAGCGGAAAGGAGCAGCCAAGCAUACUAGGACUCAAUUUCUUGACUUUAAGAAAGCUGACUUCAUAAAACUUAGGGAAGUGCUGGGUGAGAUCCCAUGGACAGUAAUACUAAAAGGAAAGGGAGUUCAUGAUGGCUGGGAGUUUGUUAAGAGGGAGAUACUAAAAGCACAACGUCAGGCAAUACCAAUGAGACGGAAACAUGGAAGGUGCCUAAAGAAGCCAGGGUGGCUAUCUAAAGAACUUUUAACUGAGUUAAGAUUAAAAAGGAUGUGUACAAAAAAUGGAAAAGGGGAAACCACCAAAGAGGAAUUCAAACAAAUAGCCAGCACGUGUAGACACAAAGUCAGAAAAGCUAAAGCACAGAAUGAACUCAGGCUUGCUAGAGAGGUUAAAAGCAACAAAAAGGCUUUUAUGGGUAUGUCCGUAGCAAAAGGAAGAACAAAGAAACAGUGGGGUCACUCAGAGGAGAAGAUGGUGAAAUGCAAACAGGGGACACAGAAAGAGCUGAACUCCUCAAUGCCUUCUUUGCCUCAAUCUUCUCCGAUAAAGAAAACAAUGCCCGACCUGAAGAAUUUGGAGCAAAUGAUUCAGCAAAGGAAACACAGCCCAGAAUAACUAAGGAGAUAGUACAAGAAUACUUGGCUAGUUUAGAUGUAUUCAAGUCUCCAGGGCCAGAUGAACUGCAUCCAAGAGUAUUAAAAGAACUGGCAGAUGUGAUCUCAGAACCACUGGCAGUCAUCUUUGAGAAUUCCUGGAGAACAGGCGAAGUCCCGGCAGACUGGAGGAGGGCAAAUGUUGUCCCUAUUUUCAAAAGGGGAAAAGAGAGGACCCAAAUAAUUACCGCCCAGUCAGUCUGACAUCAAUACCAGGGAAGAUUCUGGAGCAGAUCAUUAAGCAAACAGUCUGUGAGCACCUAGAAAGGAAUGCUGUGAUCACCAAUAGUCAGCAUGGAUUUCUGAAAAAUAAGUCAUGUCAGACUAACCUGAUCUCGUUUUUGACAGAAUUACAAGCCUGGUAGAUGAAGGGAACGCAGUGGAUGUAGCCUACCUUGAUUUCAGCAAGGCAUUUGACAAGGUGCCUCAUGAUAUUCUUGUAAAGAAGCUGGUAAAAUGUGGUCUUGACUAUGCUACCACUCAGUGGAUUUGUAACUGGCUGACUGACCGAACCCAAAGGGUGCUCAUCAAUGGUUCCUCUUCAUCCUGGAGAAGAGUGACUAGUGGGGUGCCACAGGGUUCUGUCUUGGGCCCGGUCUUAUUCAACAUCUUUAUCAAUGACUUGGAUGAUGGACUCAAGGGCAUCCUGAUCAAAUUUGCAGAUGACACCAAACUGGGAGGGGUGGCUAACACCCCAGAGGACAGGAUCACACUUCAAAACGACCUUGACAGAUUAGAGAACUGGGCCAAAACAAACAAGAUGAAUUUUAACAGGGAGAAAUGUAAAGUAUUGCACUUGGGCAAAAAAAAUGAGAGGCACAAAUACAAGAUGGGGACACCUGGCUUGAGAGCAGUACAUGUGAAAAGGAUCUAGGAGUCUUGGUUGACCACAAACUUGACAUGAGCCAACAGUGUGACGCGGCAGCUAAAAAGCCAAUGCAUUCUGGGCUGCAUCAAUAGGAGUAUAGCAUCUAGAUCAAGGGAAGUAAUAGUGCCACUGUAUUCUGCUCUGGUCAGACCUCACCUGGAGUACUGUGUCCAGUUCUGGGCACCACAGUUCAAGAAGGACAUUGACAAACUGGAAUGUGUCCAGAGGAGGGCAACCAAAAUGGUCAAAGGCCUGGAAACGAUGCCUUAUGAGGAACGGCUAAGGGAGCUGGGCAUGUUUAGCCUGGAGAAGAGGAGGUUAAGGGGUGAUAUGAUAGCCAUGUUCAAAUAUAUAAAAGGAUGUCACAUAGAGGAGGGAGAAAGGUUGUUUUCUGCUGCUCCAGAGAAGCGGACACGGAGCAAUGGAUCCAAACUACAAGAAAGAAGAUUCCACCUAAACAUUAGGAAGAACUUCCUGACAGUAAGAGCUGUUCGACAGUGGAAUUUGCUGCCAAGGAGUGUGGUGGAGUCUCCUUCUUUGGAGGUCUUUAAGCAGAGUCUUGACAACCAUAUGUCAGGAGUGCUCUGAUGGUGUUUCCUGCUUGGCAGGGGGUUGGACUCGAUGGCCCUUGUGGUCUCUUCCAACUCUAUGAUUCUAUGAUUCUAUGAUAAGCAUAAAUCUCUUGGUGGGGGAGCAGUCUGCAGGGUGGAUCAAGGAAAGGAGCAGUGUUUUGCCUGGAGGCAGAAGGGGCACAAAGGAAGCUACCAAAAGGAUAAGCUUAGGUUUUCGUAAAUGUAUUAUAAUGUAAAAUUGGAAGCUAGCAAGCACCUCCCCCUUUCCAAAUCGGAGCCGAGCCAAUAUUUAAAACUGUUGCUACAGCUGAACUGCGCGCAUCAAAUGAUUUAAUAAGACUCUGCACCUUACUACGCUCAAAGUGCUUCACAUAAGGAUGCUGCGACCGCGCCGUGCAUUUAAAGCACACGCACGAGUCCCGGGAACUGCAGUUUAUCCCGCACAGAGCUAUAACUUCCAGCACCCUGAACGACCUACGUUUCUCAGGAUUAUUUGCGGAGGAUGGGGGGCAAUGCGCUUUAAUAUACGGUGUGUGUGCGCGCACCACCAACACCACAGCCCUUCAAGGGAGGCUGUUAAACCCGCAUGGCAGCAAAUCUUGCAAAUCGGUGCUGAAUGCGACCUCUGCAUUCGGAACGGGUUUUCUUUUUUUAACGGAAAUAAAUAAAUCUGCCUCUCGGGUCUGUGGAAACGAGCGGCGAGAGCUUGCCGUCGUGCCUUUUCUUAAUAAUGAUGGUGAUGAUGAUGUUUCCUCUCUGCCUCCGCUCCCUCUGCGCUUGCUGCUGUUUCCCAACCCAGCCGGACGAAGCCUCUCCCUCGUCGGCUGGAGGAGGGUUAAAACCAUCGAGCCGGAGCUGCCGCCGCCGCCGCGCGAAGCGAAGGGUGGGGGACAGGAUGCAGCGAGGGGUCCUUUCCUGUGCCCGGACCCGCCGCUGCCCACCCACCCGCACACGCUGCGAGGGUGGCUGGUUCCCUCCCAGGGCCCGAGGUCCAGACGCGCCUGUCGCAGGGCGCGCGAACCCCCCCCUCCGGGAUCCCUGCGCGGGGGCUGCAUCGGUGAGAGCGCCUUGGACGGAGAGGAGGGCGGAGCCCACGAUGCGGAGCCGGGGAGGGCGGCGCGCGCCCCCAGCGCCGGAGGGCGCUUCCCGCCUCCCAGUUCCGUGCCCCACAUUCCCCCCGUUUUUCUCUCUUUCCUUAUCCCCCCCCCUUUUUUUUUUGCAGCAGGGAGCUUCUCUCCUCCCUCCUCGCUUUCGGCCUUUAAUUGUCUUCCUCCCACUCGCUCCGUUUCCGCGACUAAGCGCGGCCCAACCUCGGGUGGGAUUUUCGUUGUGGGUUAUUCUUUUACUUUUCUGCAGAUUGAAGGCGGUCAUCCUGUAACUGUUUACCGGGGGGAGGGAGGAAGCCCCAUUGAGACCCAUGGGAUUUGUGCGAUUUAUCUUGUAAUGCAAAAAAAAAAAAAAAGACUGUGUGGGUGCGGUUUUCUAAUGAUGUAUCUGAGGUGUUAUAGGAAUGCUUGGCUUGUUCUCUUUGUAUAUACAUACAUAUAUAUAUGUGUAUAUAUAUAUAUAUAUAUAUAUAUAUAUAUAUAUAUUCACACACAUACACAGUGCUAUUUUUCUAGGAAAAAAAGGUAUCCAAGCUCACCGUGAGCUUGUCCUCUUAGAAUGACAAUGGAGCCCACCUGAGAGGUGCCAGAGCUGAGGUCCUGUGAGCUCAGGUUAAAAAAGAGCCCUGCACAUACACACCCACACAGAUUCAAGAACCAUUGUUUUGUUUUUCUGAGUAGCAUUUAAGAUUUAACGUAGGGCGUAUGCUUCGUGGGGCAGGGAGCUAAAUACACAUUCACUAUUAAACAUCACAACAUAGUGUGCAAGUUUUCCGGGACUCUUCACCAGGCCUGAAUGGUAAGCAAAACAAUGAGUGGGGAAGGAAAAGGUGGCUGUGGACUAGUUUCAAAGCCACUGUGUCUGAGCUGGCCAUGGUUUUAAGAUGGAAUUCUGAUUCUACCUCGGUAGAUUCUCCUUGUAAGCUGGUUUUCUUACCUGAAAAGUAUAAUUUGACAUUUUUUAAAAACCCAGUUUCUUUGGAAGUGUGUUAUUAACAAUCAAGCCUAAAACGCCCUAGAUCUAAAGGUACAAUGUGCGCAAUGCACAUCAAUAGUGCAGUAAUAAAACUUGUGAAAUGCUACUUUUUAUCUACAUUUCCCCAAAAGUACAUGAGCCACUAUUUUUAAAAAAAUGUAUGUGGGGGUGAAGGUGGCGAGUGCAGGAGGUGGAAAGUAUUCAUAAACUUUGUUGACCUACAUUACGUUGUCUCUCUUUCUCAUCCUAUUGCUCAGCUUUGGCCACAACUCAUAUAUGUUCCUUCUCUCUCUCUCUUUUCUUUUUCUCUGUUUCUCGAGCAGGUGGUGUGGGCAAAGGUCCAAAAACUGUUAGUCAAGAGGAGGCUGAGAAGGUGAGAAGUGGUUGA